AUGCACUUUCCUCGCGCGAGCUGGCUGCUCGCUGCCUGUCUGGGGAACGUCGUGAGUGCUACAGGCGCUGGUAUACUGGAAGUGGACCUCAUUUUCCCGCGCAACGACACAUAUGCGCCAACGCACAACUUCCCCGUCGUUUUUGCUUUCCAGAAUGCCCAGCGUGCGCGAUACUUGAACCCCUCGAUUCAGUAUUUAAUGUGGAAUUUGCAGACGCAAGAUACGUCCUUCACGUUGUCUCAUGAUCUCGGCUGGAAAAACUGGACCGAAGACACCUACCUCGCGCACGAGAUUAUGAGCUUCCCCAGCCAGGAGGGUCGCUACAAGGUCAGCUGGUCCCUGACCUGGGACAGUUGCGACGAAGAAUCCUUCGAAAACCCAGAUCGCAUACCGAGAAUGGUCCAUAACAAGACUACCUGGGCAACCUGUUUCACCAUUGACAACUCCGCCCCCCAAGUGGAUCUUGUCGCUGCUACAGCCAACAAGACAUGUCCUAACGAGUACGGCAUGAUAAUCAAUGUGUCCGACAAAACAUUGAUGGUCCCCUCAAGCGUGGAGUGGUCUGGCAAGACCUGGAACAAUGACACCUGCGCCGUCUUGUCGAACUCUACGUCUACCCCUAUCCCGGAUCCUUGCCGUGUUCACAUCGACAAAGCCGCUGCUGAAAGCAUCAAUGCCUCCGUGACAGCUCGCGUAUGCAGCGGUAUUGACCCGCCAGAGUAUUGCAAAAAGAAUGCGGCGACACAGUUGGCCGUCGCUGGGGUUUCCCCCUUCUUAGCUGUAGUUGGGGCGUUGGGCUUCUUCCUUGCUUAA